AUGCCCCUCGUAAAAACUACUGAGGUCAACGAGGACACUCGUGUCCUGGGAUAUGACCCAUUGCUCUCCCCCCAGUUCCUUCAGUCCGAGAUCCCUGCUCCUGCCCAUGCGAUUGAGGCAGUCCGAUCUGGCCGUAACCAGGCCAUUGAGAUCAUUGAACAACGCGAUGACCGCCUCCUGGUUGUUGUAGGCCCAUGCUCGAUUCAUGACCCCGCUACAGCGCUCGAGUAUGCAACCCGGCUAAAGGAGCUCUCUCAAAAGCUUUCUGGAGAGCUCUGUGUGAUUAUGCGUGCCUACCUGGAGAAGCCCCGCACAACCGUUGGCUGGAAGGGUCUGAUCAACGACCCGGAUAUUGACGAAACCUACAACAUCAACAAGGGUCUGCGUGUCUCUCGUAAGCUCUAUGCUGAUCUUACUGGUAUGGGAAUGCCCAUUGCUAGCGAGAUGCUCGAUACCAUUUCCCCUCAGUACCUUGCCGAUCUCAUCUCUCUGGGAGCUAUUGGUGCCCGUACGACCGAAUCGCAACUGCACCGUGAGCUGGCCUCUGGUCUGAGUUUUCCUAUUGGCUACAAGAACGGUACGGAUGGCAACCUCACUGUUGCUAUCGACGCCAUUGGAGCUGCCUCCCACCCCCACCGUUUCCUUGGUGUGACCAAGCAGGGCCUUGCUGCCAUCACCAAGACGUCAGGCAACGAGCACGGCUUUGUGAUUCUGCGUGGUGGUAACAAGGGAACGAACUACGAUCGAGAGAGCAUUAAGAGCGCUCGUGAGGCCCUGCGGGCCAAGAAGCAGCGCGAGGUGGUUAUGGUGGAUUGCUCUCAUGGAAACUCGAAGAAGGAUCACCGCAAUCAGCCUCUCGUUGCUAAGGAGGUGGCAGACCAGCUGCGUGAGGGCGAAGACGCCAUUAUUGGCGUCAUGAUUGAGUCCAACAUCAAUGAAGGCAACCAGAAAGUGCCCCCUGAGGGUCCCUCGGGACUUCUCAAAGGUGUCAGCAUUACGGAUGCUUGCAUUAACUGGGAAACAACUGUUACUGUGUUGGAGGACCUCGCUGAUGCAGUCCGUACCAGACGGACCGUCAAAGCUUCUAAAUCGAAUGGUGCCUCGCAAUAA